AUGUCAACAGCUGGAAUUAAUUCAUUUCGUAAAUAUUCAAUUAAUAUCCCAUUAAAUGAAAGUAUUGAUCAACUUAAUGAACAAUUACAUCAUUUACUUGAUAACAAUCAAAUUCAUUUUAGUAAAAGAAAAAAACUUCUUUUACAACUUGAAAGAAUACAUAAUCGACAUCGACGAUCAAUUGAUCGAUUAGAUUCAAAUAAUCAAAAAAAGAUAACAAUUAAUAACAAUCUCAUUCGAUGCAUCAAGAAGAAAAUUAUAAAUGAAGAUCGUCAAGAACGACAACAAAGAACAAAUGAACACGAAGCAAAUACUAGUUGGUCUCUUGGUAGUAUGGCUGCUUUAUUUGGUGCAGUUUUUAUUGGAAUUAUGGGUGCUGCAACUUUUAUAAUCAUGAUUUUAGACAAAUCGACAGAAAAAAUCAUUUGA